AUGACUUCUUUGCUGGUUCCUCCACCUGAUGUGCGCGGCCAGACUAAGCUGGACUGCGAAGCAUUCAGAGUUAAGCUAAAGAGUGUUCCUUACCUGCAAGUACCUCAAAACUGCAUCACCAAGUUUCAAGGCAAUGUCAAGAAUUUUCUGCUCAAAUUGCCCAAAUUCAAGCCAGUCCAGACAGCCAAGAACCUCCAUGGAGAAACUGAAAUGUGUGUGUACUUUGAUCCCAGUAAAAUUCAGAACAUCUCCGACAGCUUCAAAGAGGAGAUCAAUUGGGCUGAAUAUUAUGCUGAACAGGAUUUAGAACUGACAUAUGAAAACUGGCCGAGGGACGAUGUGCUUCGCGCCAUCCUCCCCGAGAACGUCGAAGUCCCGACAUCCUUCAGCCAAAUCGGGCACAUUAUCCACAUAAACUUGCGGGACGAGCAGCUGCCUUUCAAAAAAGUCAUCGGACAGGUUUUGCUGGAUAAAACGGCGAACGCCCGAACGGUCGUGAACAAGCUCAAUGUCAUCAACAAUACCUACCGCAACUUUGAGAUGGAGAUCCUGGUUGGCGAUCCUGACACCAUCGUCACUGCCAAGGAGUCUGGCUGCAGCUUUACCUUUGACUUCGCCAAGGUCUACUGGAACCCUCGACUCGUUAACGAACAUGCGGCUCUAGUGAAUCUGCUUAGCAAAGGCGACGUGCUCUACGACGUGUUUGCAGGCGUGGGACCGUUCGCUGUACCCGCAGCGAAUAAAGGAGUGAGGGUCUUGGCCAACGACCUCAAUCCCGAGUCGUACAAGUGGCUCUGCAAAAACUCCCAGGGAAAGAAGGCCAGGAAGCUGCUGACGGCAUUCAACAAGGAUGGCCGAGACUUUUUGCGAGACGAUGUCAAGAGGGAUAUCCUAGAGAGAAGAAAGAACGGUAGCCCCGGAGCAGAACACCUGGCGAUGAAUCUACCAGCAUUGGCAGUCGAGUUCCUCGACGUGUUCCGCGACAACUGGCUGAGCGAGGACGAGGCAGACAAACUCUGCUCGCGACCGCCAAUGGUCCAUCUGUACUGCUUCGUGAAAGCUACCAAGCACGAGGACUGGAAGGCUCUGACCCGACAACUCCUCGAGAAGAAGCUGGGGAAAACACUCGUCGAGAUCGAGGUGCGGCACGUGAGGAACGUCGCCCCGAACAAGGAGAUGAUGCGCGCGAGCUUUAAACUGGAGCGCGGGAUAUUUAAAAACGAGAAGGAGGAGGAGCCAAUGGGCAAGAACAAGGGGAACAAGGCCGGAGGAGCGAAGAACGUGUUUAAGGUCGCGGGCGCCCGCAGCCAGCGAGCCAAGACCAAGGCGAAGAAGGUCAAGACGACGCUGAAAAAACUGGACCUGGGUCAGGGCAGCAAGUUGAACAAGGAGAAGACGAAUCAGAUAAACAAACAGUUGGUGGAACUCAGCAAAGAAGUGCAUCAGCCCAAGACCAAGCCCAAGAACAAGACGGCACAGCCUGUUGGCAAAACAGUACAACCGAUCAGUGGACAGGUCAAAGAACAGGCCACCAGUCUUAUACAGAAUAUGCAGAUUUGA